AUGUCCGAAAAAGUUGCAUCAGACACCGAACUGGGCGAUGUUACAGCACCGACUCCCACCAGGUCAAUUCAGGGUCUGCGAUGGUUUCUCGUGGUGCUGGCUAUUCUGUCUUCAACCUUCUUCUACGGCCUGGACAACACAGUUGUGGCAGAUAUCCAGCCGACUGUGGUUCAGAGAUUCGACGCCAUCGACAGACUUCCUUGGAUCUCUGUCACAUUUCUGAUCGGAGCAGCAACCACAAACUUCUUCUGA